AUGUCCAACAGCAACUACCAACUCAGUGAGGUCUUCGAUGUCAAGGGCAAGGUCGCCCUCGUCACCGGCGGUGGCUCCGGCAUCGGUUUGAUGAGCGAGAUCGAGAAGCUCGUCAAGGAGAUCGAGACCAAGGAGGGCUUCCUUGAUAUUCUGNACGCCGGCAUCGACGCUGGUAAACUCACCCCCGAUGGCAAGAAUGCCGAGGAGAUGAAGAAGAACCUCUUCGACGAGGAUACCACUGCCUUCCUGCCCNUCAUCCAGAAGGCCACUGAGCGCACACACGGUUGGUCUGGUACCAUCAUCAACAUUUCUUCCAUCUCUGGUCUCGUACGCAUCUCUCAGGGUCACUUCAACUACAACGCCUCUAAGGGUGCUGUCGUUCAUCUCAACAAGAUGCUCUCGGCCGAGAUUCAGAGCAGCGGCCUCAAGAUCCGUGUCAACGCCAUCGCUCCCGGUGUCUUCCCCUCGGAAAUGACCGCUGGUGAGAGCAAGGACGACCAGAAGAGUGAACUCNCCAAGGAGCACAAGGGAGAUUUGCCUUCGCAAAGACCAGGCAAGGACAAGGACAUGGCCGCUGCUAUUCUGUUUGCUGCUUCUUGCCAGUACCUCAACGGUCAGAACAUCCCUGUUGAUGGUGGCUACCUCAUCCAGACUGGCACCUAA